AUGGAUAAACUAAAAUCAAUUGGAAAAGGAGGAAAGGAUAGUUUGAUGUCAAAGAUCAAAUCGGGAGGUGGAGCGUCUAGAGAGGAGCAAUCAAAGUUUCAAUUCGAUAUAAAGAUUCAGUUUAUCGAUAAUCUACCGAUUUCAUCUGGUCAGGUAUAUGUCUCUUGGAAGCGUGGAACAAAGUCGUCGAACAAUGGUAAGACCAAACCCAAGGAAGUCACUGACAAGCGUGUCGUAUUCGAACACCCGAUUCAGAUGAUCACAACACUGCUCAAGACUCCAAAGAAGACCUACGAGUCAAAGAAUCUAAGUAUCUCCAUCAAAGAGGAGAAAGGCAAGAAAGCAUCGACCAUCGGAAAGUCAAUCAUCGAUCUCGCCGACUUUACAUCGUCCAGAGACGAGCAAAAGAAGAUUCUACAAAUCAAACCAAAAGCAAAAGGAAAAUCUUCAUUUGCUUUACAUAUGAGUGUAAAAACAACUGAAUUACAAAUGGGUGCAGAUGAAGAACCAAUGACUGAAACAGAUUUAAAUUCAAAUGAUGGAUCUGAUGAUGAAGAGGAAACUGAAGAUUUCAAGGAUGACGAUGAUAUUACAGAGGCAUCAUCGGUUUCAUCUACUAGUACAACCACUCAUAGUGAUCCACCACAGUUGGUAAAGACUGCUUCUUCUUCUUCACUCGGAAGUACAUCAUCUACUUCAUCAACAUCAAAGUCAGCAGUUGUCGAUACAAAGAAAGACAAAGAGAGAGAAAAGGAAAAGGAAAAAGAAAAGGAAAAAGAGAAAGAGAAGGAAAAAGAAAAAGAGAAAUCUAAACUUGCAAGUUUAUUAGGUACCAGCAGUAGCAGUAGUAGCAGUGGCAGUGGUGGUGGUAGUAGUGAUAAGGAUAAAAAGAGAAUACAAGAACUGGAGAAGCAGGUAGACGAUCUAACCAAGGAAUUGGAAUCCAAAAAGAGAAAGGUGAAAGAGUUGAUCGAUGAGAACAUCGACUUUGAAGAUAAAGUCAAGGAUUUAGAGGAUAGAUUGGCAAGUGGAGGAUCUGCACCGGCACCUUCUUCAUCAUCGUCAUCGUCAUCGUCAAAGGAUACCAAGUUGAUUGCCGACUUACAGGAUCAAUUGAAGCAAAAGGACGAUCAACUAAAGCAAAAGGAUGAUCACCUCAGACAAAAGGAAAUUGCAAAUCAAGAACUGACCAACAAGAAUAAGCAGUUGGAGCGCGAGAAGAACUCACCGACAACAGCUUCACCACAGUUGAAUGGACACAGCUCCGAAGAGGUGGAAUCACUCAAGCGAGAGAUACAAACAUUGAAACAAGAAGCUGCAGUCAAUGCCGCGUCAGCUGGUGCCAGUACGAUGAUUGGUGGUGGAACCUUGGAGUUGAAGCGUAAGAUUCAGGAUUUGAAUAGGGAGAUCAAGGAGAAGGACGAUACCAUCUCAAAGUUAAAGAGUGGCGGUGCUUCGCCUGCACCGGCAGCAGCUGCUUCGCCAGCUUCUAGCUCUGUGAGUAUCAACGCCGCUGUUGCGCCACUCGAGAAACAGAUUGGUGAACUCAACAAAACCGUUGCUUCACAGAAGCAGGAGAUUGAGCGUUUGAAUGCCGCUGCUUCCUCUGCUGUGCUGGCGUCAAAGAAGACAUCGAGUGGAAGCAACGAAUCCGCUGAACUCACUCAGUUGAAGCGCGACAAUGUCGAGCUCAAAGACAAGUUGUCCAACGCCAACAACGACCUCAAGAGAGCGAAAGAUCAAAAGGAGAGUGCAGAACGUGAUUUGGAGGAGUUGAGAGAACGUCUUCGUGAUAGCCAAGACAAGGAAGAUGAACUCAGAAGUAGAAUCUCGUCACUCGAGGAUCAGAAUGAACAACUUCAAAACAAGGUGAACAGCAGUCAAACAAUGGCAGCUGCUUCACUCAGUCUUGGUGGUGGCAAGUCAGACAAGAACAAAGACAAGGAGAGAGAAAAGGCUGAGCGACAAGAGCGAGAGAACCUCGAGAGACAACUGUCAGACACAAAGAAAGAGCUGUCAAACGAGAGAGACAAAGUCAGAAAGUACGAGAGAGAAAUUAAGGAUCUCAAGGAUAGAAUCAGACAGUUGGAGUCACAACAACAACAACAACAGUCAUCAUCCUCCGGAAACAGCAGCCCACAAUAUUCGUCAAUGGCCAAAUCAGACCUACAAGAACGUGAGGAAAACAAACUCAUUGAGCAAUGUAUCUAUGUUCAAACUCUUACAUUUAGAGAUGGUGUUGGAGCAUGUGCACAAUCAUUGUAUUCACAACUCCUUGAUCAGAAUGCAUUCAGUAGUGAGAAUACAAGAUUAUUUAACAAAGUAAUCAAUGGUUUAACUCAAACUGUUGAGAAAUCAAUGGAGAAUUCAGGUGAUCUUUGUUAUUGGAUUUCAAAUAUAUCAGGAUUGAUUCAUUUAAUUAAAGAUGGACCAAACAAUAUCGAUAGUGAAACAGAUCCAAUUCUCGAUGGUGUGUUGAUCGAUCAAGAAAUUUCAUCACCAACCUCAACAUCAAGACGAACACCAUCCACCAAUUUUGUAUUCCAACUCGAUUCUCUCUGUAGAGAAGCCUAUUCAUUACUAUUACACAAUAUCUAUAAGAAACUUAAACCAAAGUUAUCAAGUAUUCUAAAUCAAGCAUCUUGUAUAUUAGAUAAAAAGACUAAUAGAUUAUCAUCAACACAAGCACACGCCAAUGAUCUACAAAAGAUUUGUAAGAUAUUAGAAAAGUUUAUGAACUACUUGAAAGACAAAUACGUGUUCAAUUCGAUCAUUCAACAGUUCUUUUCGCAGACAUUCCAUUAUAUCUCGUACACUCUGUUGUGUGAGAUUCUCGAUGGAUCCAACUCGUGCACUCCAAGCGCUGGAUUCAAGAUCAAGCUAAGUCUGUCAAAGAUUGAGGAUUGGGUGGCCUCCAACGAAGAGAGAGAACUCUUGACCUAUUGCAGAACCUAUCUAGGUGCCAUUGCAGAUGCUGCCAAUCUAAUGGUGAUCGAUAAAUCAAUCUUUACCGACACUGAAUCGAUUCAAUCAGCAUUUACCACCCUGAAUGUACUACAAAUUAGAAAGCUUUUGGAGAUUUGGAAACCCGAUCAGCUUUCACCAGAUCCAAUACCAUCAAAUGUAAUUUCAAUGUCCAGAAGCAAUUGGAAUCAACCAACCAGUUCAUUGCAACUCACUGUUGAUCCAUCUGUUUUAAUUUCAAUCACACCAAUCUUGGAUUAA